AGUAGAUACGUACGCAUGAGUCGUACAUAAGUAUCCGUGCCUGGGCAGCUUCAUCUGGAUGGGAUCGAGCUCAAGUACGCUGUCCGAGUCACCAUUGCCGUACUGAACAAACAUCUCAUCCUUUCACCAUGUUCCACGUCUUCUCAGGCCACCCCGAGACACCAGACUCGAGCAGCAGCUGCUUGAAGAUACCCGUCGAGAAGAGGCCUCGCUCACGCGGCUGCAAGAUUCCACAUGCAUGCAUCGAGUGCAAGCGCCGCAAGAUUCGCUGCGAUGGAGCGUCGCCGUGUAGCCGAUGCUCGACACGCGGUCUUGCCCAUUCGUGUGGCUAUGCCAGGCACCGCGAGAGGAUGCACCCUUCCAAGCAAAAAGUAGAAAAGCUCUCGAGAUCCCUGGAAGAGCACCGCACCAUCGUCGACCGCCUGUUUCCGGACCAUGAAGUGUCAGAGCUCCUGUCCUUGCCGCGAGACGAGCUUCUCAGUAUCGUGAAUACGCCAAGAAUGCACCAGUACUCGCAGCCAUGGUUGCCUCCACCAUCGGAGACGAGCUCUGACAUGUCACUGGGCUCGCCAUGCUCGGAACACAAUCCGUUUGCGCCAGCGGCUGAGCUAUUCAAAGGCAUCGACAUUGACAAGCUGGUGGAGAAGGGGAUAACGUGGGAAGAGCCGGUCUGGGAGAGGCCAUUGGAUGAAUCUGUCUUUCCAGGCUACGCGCUAGACUUAUAGGCCGCCUUGUAAUACAUCGCAACACCACCAUAGUGUGUCAUUGGCUUUCAGUACGUGUAGCACAGCUGGCCACUUGUCGUAGACAUCAAGUCGCGCACCGGUAAGUCCGUGGCCAUCCCUUGCAUCUCAAGUAGGUCAUCAAGGCUUGCCUCGCCUGGCUGGGGCCCGCCUGGGAACGUCUGUCUCCUCACACCGCUGUAAUCAAAGGUCCGAUUUUCGGGGUUCUCCUGCUGCCAGAGCGUCCAGAUGCGGUCGACCUGACCAUGAUGCAGGAAGAAGAUUGGGUCUGUUUAGGUC